UGCUAAGCCGUAGCUAACGCGUCUGCUAAUGUGGCUACCGCAUCGAUAGACGACGCUAAAUGAGACCGAAAGUCGUCUGAAGGAAAACAAAAAGACAGAGCUAUUGCUAUGUUUUAAUAUGAACUCAUUAAAGCCAUUUAGCCAAAGUCAGGCGCCCUGUUCUACCGACUUAAUCGGCUAUCGUAAAUGUUAGCUGCGCAACGAGCUGCGGCGGCUAAGCUGCUUUUAGCCCACCAAAUUAGCCGAGUGCUAGCUUCCCGUCGCCCGAAGUGCUUCAAUGAAUGGAGGUCGAUGAGCAGAGUGGAGACACCAGUCAACGACGUACAUCCGCAGCUAGCCCUCCCGUUGUUGUGGUCCAGCUCGGAGGCACCGGCAGAAAUGGACGCGGACGUCACCGUUUAUUUGGGGAAGUCUGAGGAGCGAAUGUGAUUCUGUUAGCUAGUCGGCAGCAUAGCACGGGACGAAGCUAACUGUAAAUAACUUUGUCAGAAAUGCAUCAUCGUGAACAUUUCGUGUACUACACAGUUACGGAGACGUAGCGACGGAGGGGUUAGCAACAUAAACACGUCGCAGGCGGAGUCGUAAAGCCGGCGUGGAUUUUGUUUUGUUUUGGUCGGGGAAACUUCUUUUGUCACCCUUCCCUCGCCCCAAGUUUUGGCAGCGGAGUUGUGUUCAUUGUGCAGCCGUCGUUAGAGGGAGAAAUGGUGGCGUUCCGGACUGACCCUGCCCUCCGUCCCAGGUAGGGGCAGUGUUAGUGAGGACUCCCCUCGGCCUGGCCCGCUGGUUCACGGAUGAUGGACAAACAUUAAUCAGUGACACCUUGUUCGCUGUGUGUUUGAAUCCACUUUGUAAUACCACAUUAUGGCUCUCCGCCGGGAUGCUCUGACACUGAAGUGAUUGAUUUUGGGGGAGAUUUGACGGAUCAUGAUGGACACGGAGGAAGUUCCCCAAGAAGAUCAUCACUGCUAAAAAUCAUGAACUGCUGAGAUCAGCUCCUUCCUUUUUAACUCACAUUAUUUUAUAUAAAAGAGACAGUUUGCCUGGAAACACCCCGACAUGUCUGCGUUCGCCGAGUUCGUCCCACCUCCUGAAUGCCCGGUGUUUGAACCGAGUUGGGAGGAUUUCUCGGAUCCUUUAGGAUUUAUCAACAAGAUCCGACCCAUCGCAGAGAAAACGGGGAUCUGCAAGAUCCGGCCACCGGAGGACUGGCAGCCUCCCUUUGCCUGUGAUGUACGCAACUUCCGCUUCACUCCCAGAGUGCAAAGACUGAAUGAACUAGAGGCUCUCACUCGGGUUAAGCUCAACUUUUUGGAUCAGAUUGCAAAGUUCUGGGAAUUGCAGGGAUCUAAGAUUCGAUUCCCUCACGUGGAGAGAAAAAUCUUGGACCUUUAUCAACUCAGCAAGAUAGUUUCAUCUGAGGGCGGCUUUGAGACGGUGUGUAAAGACAAGACAUGGUCCAAAGUGUCGAGCCGAAUGGGGUUUCCACCCGGGAAAGGCAUCGGUUCACUUCUACGCUCACACUAUGAGAGAAUACUUUACCCCUAUGAGCUCUUCCAGUCAGGGGCAACACUUACUGGCCGCCACCGAUUCUAUGAUGAAGGGAAUGACGGAGAAGAAAUGGACGAGGGAGUUGGUGAAGAAGCGGUGGAGGAAGACGAACAAGAGGAUGAAGAGGAGAAGGAGAAAAACAGGGACGGCGAUGCAACACAAACCAAAGAUCGACUUCUGCCUGAGAGACGAUCCAGGCGCCUGAAGUCUGAGAGGGAAAACAAGGAGCCGAAAGGCCUCAAAAUCUUCUCAACAAGCCCCAAGAUGGUCGGCCUGGAGAUUGUAUCAGCUGAUGAUGGAUUCAAUAAGCGGCAGCGUCACCUCAAAGCUCAGGCUUUUGCCAUCAAAAUGAGGCCUCGCAAGGAGACUCUGGAGGUGAACUUUAUUGACCUCUAUCUCUGCCUGGUGUGCGGACGAGGCGAUGAGGAGGACCGGCUGCUGCUGUGCGACGGCUGCGACGACAGCUACCACACCUUCUGCCUGAUCCCACCGCUGCAGGAUAUACCCAAAGGGGACUGGCGAUGCCCGAAGUGUGUUGCUGAGGAGUGCAGUAAGCCCAGGGAGGCAUUUGGCUUCGAGCAGGCAGUGAGGGAGUACACUCUGCAAGGCUUUGGGGAGAUGGCCGACCACUUCAAGUCUGACUAUUUCAACAUGCCUGUACAUAUGGUUCCCACUGAGUUGGUAGAGAAAGAGUUCUGGCGUCUGGUCAGCAGCAUCGAGGAGGACGUCAUUGUGGAGUACGGCGCCGACAUCAGCUCCAAGGACGUCGGCAGCGGGUUCCCUGUCAGAGACGGCAAGAGGAGGCUGCUUGGAGAUGAGGAGGAGUAUGCCAACUCCGGCUGGAACUUGAACAACAUGCCUGUGCUCGAGCAGUCUGUGCUCACCCACAUCAACGUAGACAUCUCAGGCAUGAAGGUGCCCUGGCUGUACGUGGGCAUGUGUUUCUCCUCGUUCUGCUGGCACAUUGAGGACCACUGGAGUUACUCCAUCAAUUUCUUACACUGGGGUGAACCUAAGACUUGGUAUGGGGUGCCAGCCUCUGCAGCGGAGAAGCUGGAGGCUGUAAUGAAAAAGCUGGCCCCGGAGCUGUUCGACUCCCAGCCUGACCUCCUCCAUCAGCUGGUCACCAUCAUGAAUCCCAACGUCCUCAUGGAACAUGGCGUCCCCGUGUACAGAACAAAUCAAUGUGCAGGGGAGUUUGUGGUUACUUUUCCCAGAGCUUACCACAGCGGCUUCAAUCAGGGCUAUAACUUUGCUGAGGCUGUGAACUUCUGCACAGCGGACUGGUUACCAAUGGGUCGCCAGUGUGUUGCUCAUUACCGGCGGCUCCACCGGUACUGUGUGUUUUCCCACGAGGAGCUGCUGUGCAAGAUGGCCGCUGAUCCAGAGAGCCUGGACGUGGAGCUAGCUGCAGCCGUCUUCAAAGAAAUUGGGGAGAUGAUGGAAGAAGAGACCAAACUGCGACAGGCUGUCCAGGAAAUGGGGGUGCUUUCAUCAGAACAAGAGGUCUUUGAGCUUGUUCCAGAUGAUGAGCGGCAGUGCCACAAGUGUAAGACGACCUGUUUCCUGUCGGCGCUGACGUGUUCCUGCAGCCCCGAUCGGCUGGUGUGUCUGCACCACGCGGCAGACCUCUGUGACUGUCCCCUCGGCAACAAGUGUCUUCGAUAUCGCUACGAUCUCGAGGAGUUUCCUUCUAUGCUGUACGGAGUGAAGACUCGGGCGCAGUCCUACGACACAUGGGGGAAGAGGGUCAAUGAGGCUUUGGCUGCUGACCAGAAAAACAAGAAAGAUCUCAUUGAGCUCAAGGUUUUGCUGGAGGAUGCAGAGGACAGAAAAUAUCCUGAAAACACUUUGUUCCGCCGCCUGCGGGAGAUGGUCAAAGAGGCGGAGACGUGCUCCUCUGUCGCCCAGCUGCUGCUCAGUCGCAAGCAACGGCACAGUGGCCGCCUGCGUUCCGAAAGCAGUCGCAAUCGUACUAAACUGACUGUGGAUGAGCUGAAAGCCUUUGUGGACCAGCUCUACAGGCUGCCUUGCAUCAUCAGUCAGGCGCGGCAAGUCAAAGAGUUGCUGGAGAACGUGGAAGACUUCCACGAGCGUUCUCAGGUGGCGCUGUCAGACGAGAUGCCCGACUCCUCCAAGCUGCAGGCGCUGCUGGACCUGGGCAGCGGGCUCGACGUCGAGCUGCCAGAGCUGCCAAGACUCAAACAGGAGCUCCAGCAGGCUCGCUGGCUCGACGAGGUGCGCAUUACCCUCGCUGAGCCCCACCGCGUCACUCUGGAGCUGAUGAAGCGGCUGAUCGACUCUGGCGUGGGCCUGGCUCCCCACCACGCAGUGGAGAAGGCCAUGGCUGAACUCCAGGAGAUCCUCACCGUCUCAGAGAGAUGGGAGGAUAAAGCUCGUGCCUGCCUGCAGGCCAGGCCUCGUCACAGCAUGGUAACCCUGGAGAGCAUAGUCCUGGAAGCCCGGAAUAUCCCAGCAUAUCUGCCUAAUAUUCUGGCUCUGCGAGAGGCCUUACAGAAAGCCAAGGACUGGUCUGCCAAGGUGGAGGCCAUCCAGAGUGGCAGCAGCUACGCUUACUUGGAGCAGCUGGAGAGUUUGCUGGCAAGGGGUCGAUCGAUCCCCGUUCGGCUUGAUCCGCUGGCUCAAGUGGAGUCUCAGGUGGCUGCAGCCCGAGCCUGGAGAGAGAGAACGGCUCGCACCUUUCUCAAGAAGAACUCUACCUACACACUGCUUCAGGUUCUCAGUCCUCGUGUGGACAUUGGAGUGUAUGGCAACAGCAAGAGCAAGAGAAAACGUGUCAAGGAGCUGAUGGAGAAGGAGAGAGGCGGCUUCGAUCCUGACGCUCUCAGUGACCUGGAGGAGAGCCUGGAGGAGGUGCGCGACCCUUCGACUGUUGUUGCAGCCUUUAAAGCCAAAGAGCAAAAAGAGGUGGACGCCAUCCACUCGCUACGGGCCGCCAAUUUAGCCAAGAUGGCCAUGGCAGACCGCAUCGAGGAGGUCAAGUUCUGCCUGUGUCGAAAAACUGCCAGCGGCUUCAUGCUACAGUGCGAACUGUGUAAGGACUGGUUUCACGGCGCGUGUGUGCCGCUGCCGAAGACGGGAACCCAGAAGAAACUAGGCGUGGGGUGGCAGAGCAACAGCAAAGAGUCCAAAUUCCUGUGUCCGCUGUGCCAGCGGUCGAGGCGGCCGAGACUAGAGACGAUUCUGUCGCUGCUGGUUUCGCUACAGAAGCUGCCGGUGCGUCUGCCCGAAGGAGAAGCUCUGCAAUGUUUGACAGAGAGAGCGAUGAGCUGGCAGGACAGAGCACGGCAGGCUCUUGCCACAGACGAGCUGUCCUCAGCGCUGGCAAAGCUGUCUGUACUAAGUCAGCGCAUGGUGGAGCAGGCGGCGCGGGAGAAAACGGAGAAGAUCAUCAACGCUGAGCUGCAGAAAGCUGCAGCCAACCCCGAUUUGCAGGGCCACAUCCAAACGUUUCAGCAGUCGGGGUUCAGCAGAGCCACGUCCCCGCGCCCGUCUGUGGACUACGACGAUGAGGAGACGGAUUCAGAUGAAGACAUCAGGGAAACUUAUGGUUAUGACAUGAAGGACCCAGGCGAGGUGAAGCCCUACCUGUUCUGCGAUGAGGAGAUUCCUGUUAAAUCUGAGGAGGUGGUCAGUCACAUGUGGCCUGCCGCCACGCCGUCCUUCUGCGCUGAACACGCCUACUCCUCAGCCUCCAAGUCCUGCGUGCAAAAUGUGAGCACACCCAGGAAGCAGCCCAGGAAGACGCCGCUGGUCCCCCGCACUCUGGAGCCGCCGGUGCUGGAGCUGUCCCCGCAGGCCAAGGCCCAGCUGGAGGAGCUGAUGAUGCUGGGAGACCUGCUGGAGGUGUCCCUGGAUGAGACCCAGCACAUCUGGAGGAUCCUGCAGGCCACGCACCCUCCCUCGGAAGAGAGGUUCCUGCAGGUCAUGGAGCCUGACGACUCUCUGAUGGAGAAACCGCUGAAGAUCAAGAUCAAAGAUUCAGAGAAGAAGAGGAAACGGAAGUUGGAAAGGGCAGAGCACCACCACAUGCUGAUGGCCGCCGCGGCAGCCAGCGGGGCUUCCACAAUGGGAGACAUCCGGCCGGCUAAAUCCAAGGAGCUGAAAAGAGUCGGUCUCGAACUGGGCCUCGGAGGUAAACCGAAGAAGAAGAAGCUCAAGCUCAACCUGGACAAGAACCGGGAGAUGAAGCUGCUGGCCAAGCGGCUGGCCAAGGAGGAGAAGGAGAGGAAGAGGAAAGAGAAGGCAGCCGCCAAGGCGGAGGCCAUCAGGGAAGGACUGGAGAAGAGGAAGGAGAAGAAGAUUCUUGACAUUCCUUCAAAGUACGAUUGGUCGGGAGCAGAGGACUCCAAUGAUGAGAACGCAGUGUGUGCAGCCAAGAACUGCCAGAGACCCUGUAAAGAUAAGGUGGACUGGGUGCAGUGCGACGGCGGCUGCGACGAGUGGUUCCACCAGGUCUGCGUGGGCGUGUCCUGCGAGAUGGCGGAGAACGAAGACUACAUCUGCAUGGACUGCUCCCGCAAGGCCACGGGCGCCGGCGGAGGGAUGACCGUGGAGGAGGUGGCGGAGGAGAGCGUGGUCGUUCUCACGACGUCGAUGUGCGGCGGCGGCGGCAUCCAGACCGUCCCCUCGUCGUCGGUGAUGGCCUCGUGGUCCGCCGCCGCCGCCCACUUACACCCAGCAACUUCACAUCAGCAGCAGCAAGAGCCCCAGCAGGGCAGUUAGCGCUUGUAGAAGUGGCCCAAUGACUGAGUACCUCAAUCAAAAGCCAGUAUCUGGGCUGGAGAUCCAACCGGGGGGAGACGUGACCCGUUGAGAAUGAACCCGUCGGAGGCGAGGGUCACGCCGGGAGCCGUUCUGUCUGAAUUACGAAGCACAAGAGGAAAGUUCUGUGUGGUUUCGGCCGGGCCGUGUCGUCUUUAACGUGUUAUUCAGUCCUCCUGCUGCAGUCUUAGGUGUAGAAACACUCGACAGCUUCUCACCAGUCCCCCCCCAGAGCAGUAACAAGGUGUUGGUAUAUCUACUUGCAGUCCAACAAACACUCACCUCCCGUAAUUCAGCUGUUUAUUCACCGCAGGCAGUUAGGCUUUCAGCCCCGGGACAUCCUGACACGCUCCCCCGUCUGUCCCCCCCGUCAGGAACCUCAGACUGUAACAUCUCAACGCGUUAAGUCUCAAAACGAUUAGCAGAAACAAAUGGUUGUAAUGUAGUGGAAUUAUUUAUAAUGUACAUAGCUUUCAAGCAAUUAAACAAAUGGUUUGUGGCUUUUGUUUUGUUUUCUCACCUUUAAUAAACUAUUCCUAGUCAAACGAU